AUGAGCCUUUCUGAUUCCACCAAAGCUUUCCACCUUGCGGUAUACUCGGCCGUGCUUCAGAUUCCGCACGGCAAAGUGUGCUCCUACGGCCACAUUGCCUAUCUUAUCUCCCGUCCUCAAAACUCCCGACUCGUGGGCUAUUCGCUAAAACACUCGCACCACAUUCUCCCCCAACUUGAUACUACCAUACCCAAUUUGCCCUGGUGGAGGGUUGUCCAGAGCCUGGGCAAUAUUGCUAUUCGAGACGGUGACGACAGACAGGCGUCGCUAUUGAGGCAAGAGGGCGUGGUGGUUGAGCGGAUGAAGGUGGACUUGGACGAGUUCGGCUGGUUUCCGAGCGAAAUCGAUUUGGACUUAUAA